AUUAGUCAGUCAGUGUGCAGGGCGCAGGGAGGAAGUGACACCGCUCUGCUCUGUCUGCUGCUCCCUGGAUGUGAGGGCUUUUCUCGGACUGUGGAUCUAGCAGGAGCCCGAGAUGGGACACUGGGGUGUGUGGAGCCCGGGACGGCGGGCGCUGGCGCUCCUUCUCCUCAUACAGGUUGCUCACUGUUCCAGAGUUUUGGAUGAGGUUUAUUUCCCAGAGAAUGAUGUUGAGACACGUUCCAGACCACAGCGAUGGGGUUAUGGAGACGUGGGAGAUGAUGAAGACUUUAUGGCAGAUGAAGCUUCUGGAGAUGACCCCGGCAGUAGUGAGAUUGGCAGCGGGCUCCCAACGGAAGAAGGAUUCACAACCGUACCCACCUCAACAAUCGCCUCGUUCGUCACAGGGCCUGCGGUAACCCCGUUAGCUCCACAGCUGGCAGGUAUGAGUGUCUCUGAACUGGACCAAGAACCCUUCCUAAUUUAUUACAGAGCUCUGGUGAACUUUACCACAUCUAUAGAGUACACUCUGGACCUGGACAAUGUCUCGUCGGAUCAGUUCCGGGACUUGUCGGAAGCCAUUGUGGACACGCUCGAGUCUGAAUAUUACAAAAUCCCUGGAGAGCAAAUGGUUAACGUUGUAUAUGUCAAGGUCAUUGAUAACUUUGUGUUUGUGGAAUUGGAUGUAGGAUCGGAAGGUAACACUAACGACGCUCAGAUCCGCCAGAUCUUGUACUCCGUUAUAGCCAGUGGCUCUAUUGCCAAUUAUGUCACCUCCGUCGAGGGCUUCCAGUUCCGGCGUCUCGGUGCUGCACAAACCCCUCCAUCUCCCAUUGGGAUGGAGACAACAGUUCCACCUUUAAUACGUUCCUGUUCCGCUGACGAGUUCACCUGCAAUAAUGGCGAAUGCGUCCCCUUGGAAUUUCGGUGUGAUCGGCGUCACGACUGUCGGGACAUGUCCGAUGAAGAGAGAUGUUCUGAGCCCGAGACAUGUGGAGAUACGGAGUUUGCCUGCAGCAGUGGAGAGUGUAUUCCCAGAGCAUAUUAUUGUGAUGGCCGCCCGGAUUGCCUGGAUUCAUCCGAUGAGGGGUUGUGCGAUUUACCACAACAAAUCGUCACCAGUCCUCCUUUCACCACAAGACCUGUGAUUACUAGAAGACCUAUUACCACCCCUCCUCCCCCCAUUUAUACAAGACCCCCUCUUGUUGUGACCACACCACUGACGCGCCUUACUCCCAAGCCACCAUUAGAUGCCGUCCGCCCUUGUAAGAGAGAAGAGGCUCGAUGCCCGAAUGGACAGUGUAUCCCCAGGGACUAUCUUUGUGAUGGAGAACGGGACUGUAGGGACGGCAGCGAUGAGCUCAACUGCGGAACUCCCUCUCCCUGUGAACCCAAUGAAUUCAAGUGCAAGAAUGGUCGCUGCGCCUUAAAACUUUGGCGGUGUGAUGGCGACAACGACUGUGGAGAUGGUUCUGAUGAAAUAAACUGCCCCACCAAAGGGCCAAGUGACAUGUGCGCCCCAGAUCAGUUUGUCUGUAUACAGUCCCGGACCUGUAUCCCGGCCAGUUACCAGUGUGACGAGGAAGCCGACUGCCCCGACCGCUCAGAUGAGAUUGGCUGCAGUCCUCCUCAAGUGAUUACACCUCCUGAGGAGAGCAUCAUGGCUUCCCGGGGAGAGACAGUACGCUUUACUUGUGUGGCAAUUGGAAUCCCGACGCCCAUUAUAACUUGGAGAUUGAACUGGGGCCACAUCCCCACUAGCAGCAGAGUGUCGAUGACCAGCGAGAACGGACAUGGCACACUCAUCAUUCGAGAUGUAAAGGAAGCGGAUCAAGGCGCUUACUCGUGUGAAGCCAUUAAUGCUAAGGGAAUGGUGUUUGGAAUUCCUGAUGGUGUCCUCUCCUUAAAGUCUGAAGGUCCAUGCUCUGAAGGAUUCUUUCACGUGCAAGACAACUCCCGAUGCAUUCCCUGCUUUUGCUUUGGUGUUGCCAAGGUUUGCCAUCAAACCGGUCGUUACAGAAACCAGAUCAGACUCCGAUUUGAUGUUAUAGAUGACUUUAAAGGAGUGAACGUAUCCUCUCACCAGGGAUUUCCUCCAUUAUCCUCAAAUCAACUCCAGAUUGACACUAGUGUAGAAGAGUUCCAACUGGUCGACCUGUCUCGGAGGUUUCUGAGUCAGGAAUCCUUCUGGACGCUGCCAUCACAGUUUUUGGGGAAUAAGGUGGACUCGUAUGGAGGCUCCCUCCGUUAUAAAGUUCGUUAUGGCCUGACACGUGGCCUGUCAGAGCCUGUGAGGAAGCCUGAUGUAGUUAUAAUCGGAAAUGGGCAGAAACUUAUCUAUCGAGUCCAGUCAUCUACCCAGCCAACCACUGUGAACCAGCGGGAAGUCCAAUUCACAGAGGAACACUGGCAGCAUGAGUCUGGAGCAGCAGUCACCCGUGAGGACCUCUUGAUGACUCUUCAGAAUCUGGAAGCCAUAAUGAUUCAGACAGUUUAUGACAACAAAAUGGCCAGCGUGGGGCUGGCAGACAUUGUCAUGGACACAACCUCUGUGGAGUACACACAGCUGGGGGUGGCCAUGGGCGUUGAGGAGUGCAGAUGCCCCACUGGCUAUUCCGGCCUCUCCUGUGAGACUUGCUCCCCACAGUUCGAACGCAUCCCCGGUGGACCUUUCCUGGGUACUUGCUCUGGAUGUAAUUGUAACGGCCAUGCCAGCUCCUGUGACUCUGAGAGCGGCUACUGCAUAAAUUGCCAACACAACACUGAGGGUCCACAGUGCAAUAAAUGUAAGUCAGGCUUUUUCGGAGACCCCACCAGAGGUACUGCAGAUGCCUGUCGACCAUGUCCCUGCCCACUUAUGGACCCCCGCCGCAGGUAUUCAGACACCUGCUUUUUGGACACUGAUGGACAGCCCACCUGUGAUAACUGUCUGGUGGGUUAUUCCGGACGGCGGUGCGAAAGAUGUGCGGUGGGAUAUGAAGGAGAUCCUAUGAAGCCUGGAGGACAGUGUGAGAAGACUUUUGCUGGUACCACGGGGAUCUGUGAUGAGAGGGGUAGCGCCGUGUCAUCUCCUAAUGCUUGUGUGUGCAAGCCGCAUGUCUCAGGAAGGCUGUGCAAUGAAUGUAAAAGUGGAACUUUCUACCUCAAUGAGAAAAACCCAAAUGGCUGCUUGAAAUGUUUUUGCAUGGGAGUCACCCGGGAGUGUUCAAGCUCUUACUGGAACCGAGAUCAGGUCCGUUCCACCUAUGACAGUCACGAGAGAGUGCCGUUUUCCAUCUCCAAUGCAGCCAGUACCCGAACGUUCAGUGAGGGCAUAAGCAUCACGGGUCCUUCAGAGCUGACAUUUAGCGCUUUUAACAACGUCCCCCAAGAUGUCUAUUUCUGGGUGCUGCCAGAGCGAUUCAAGGGAGACAAGGUGACAUCUUACGGCGGAGAACUGCGUUACACCAUCACAUAUGAAGCCUCUUUGGGGGCCCAGACUCUGGACGCACAGCCGUACGUCGUUUUGCAGGGCAACGGAAUCUUUCUGGAGCAUUAUGCAAACAUUCAGACAGCUCCCGGCUUCCCGAUUACAAUCACCGUUCCUUUCCGUGAGAGUUUAUGGCGGCGGACCGAUGGUCAGGAUGCCACCCGUGAACACCUGCUGAUGGCCCUUGCGGAUAUUGAUGUUCUGAUGGUCCGGGCAUCCUAUGCUGAGAGGAUGAUUGAAAGCAGAAUUUCUAACAUCCACAUGGACAUUGCGGUGCCUCACUCCACAGGACUGCAGCAAGCGGUAGAGGUGGAGCAGUGUGCUUGCCCAGUCGGCUACACGGGACCAUCCUGCCAGGACUGUGACAUUGGUUAUACCCGCUCCACCAGUGGUCUUUACCUGGGUACCUGUGAGCGCUGUCAUUGUGGUGGCCACUCCACAGAGUGUGAUGGAGAGACGGGAGAAUGCCUGAACUGCCAACACAAUACGGAGGGAGCCAAAUGUGAGCGUUGUAAGCCUGGCUUCUAUGGAGACCCGAGACGUGGAAGUCCAGGAGACUGCCAGCCUUGCCCAUGCCAAGGCACAUCCAGCCAAUAUUUUGGCACAUGCUUCCUGGACACGGACGGUCAGGCCACGUGUGACUCCUGUCCUGUUGGAUACAUUGGGCGUCAGUGUGAGAGAUGUGCACCUGGUUACAGAGGAGACCCAGUCCGAGGACAGCCCUGCACAUCGACUUCUGGUCCUGGCCCUAGUACAGGCUGUCAUUGUGAUCUGAGGGGCAGCACUAGUAACACCUGUGACUCCCGGCGCCAGUGUCCAUGUAAACCCCAUGUGGAGGGUCUUACAUGCAGUACCUGCCGCCCAAAUCACUUCUACCUCAGUGCAGACAAUCCAGACGGCUGCUUGCCGUGCUUCUGUAUGGGAGUCACCCAGCAAUGUUCCAGCUCCAGCUACCAUCGUGAACUGAUCACUAGCCCAUUCCUGCCCGGAAACUUCCAGAACUUUGCCCUAGUCAACCGUCAACGCAGUGUCCGUAUCACCACUGGAUUCAUUGUGGAGAUGUCCACUCAUGGGCCGCAGCUCUCCUAUCGACAGUUUGACCAGCUGGGGCAGGAGUCCUUUUACUGGCAGCUUCCAGAGAGCUACCAGGGGGAUAAGCAGGAGAUGCUCUUUGCUCGCAUGCGACGGGCCCACAAGCAGAAUGAAUCAUCGCUGACAGAAGAGGAAAUGCGCCGAAAAAUUGCUUCCGGAGACCUGGAAGAAAACCAUGACCCUCAACAUCGAUUCCGACGACAAGCCCAGAUGGAUAAAGAGCAGGAAGAAACGGACCGUGAGGUCUGGGCGCUUAUCUCCAGCUUUUCCUCUGGUCCAUCACGAGACAAAACAAAUGUCUCGGAGGGCGGCUCAGUUCUCCCGCCAUCUUCUGUAGUGGCACCUGCAGGUCCACCAUCGCCUCCUCUGCGCCGUCAUCAUACCCAAGAUAACGCACAGUCUCGGGCAAGAGCUCACACGUUUCCUCUAUCUGCUGCCCCGGGCCACUUGCCCCAAAGAGCUACACAUGAGGCCGGAGCAUCUGCGCGGUCAGCUCGUCAGGACUCUACUAAUGUCCUAAUCUCUCAGACGCCGGGAUUAAGAGGAGCUGAAAAGUACUCUCUGGUCUACAAGGGCUUCUCUCUGUUCCCCGAAGGGGUUUUCUACUGGUCCUUACCUAAGGUUUUCCUUGGGGAUAAGGUGAUGUCUUAUGGUGGAACGCUCCGCUACACGCUGGCCUACACAUCUGGAAUCCGGGGAUCUCCGCUGCCCGAUGCUGAUGUUCAGAUCACGGGCAAUGACAUCACCUUGGUGGCCUACCAGACUGAACUGCGCCCACGUGAGACCAAAACCUUUGAGAUUGCAUUUAGAGAGAGUCAAUGGAAGCGCCCAGAUGGGCAGCAGGCCACGCGGGAGCACCUGAUGAUGGCGCUGGCAGAUCUAAACGAGAUUCUCAUACGAGCAUCUUACUCCACUGACAUGAUAUCUGCUAGCAUUACUGGUGUGAGCAUGGAGACCGCUGGGCCCUCAUACACCAGCCUUCCUCAGGCCCUGGAGGUAGAGGAGUGCCGCUGCCCCCCUGGCUACAGAGGAUUGUCCUGCCAGGACUGUGCCCCCGGCUACACCCGCACCGGAGGAGGCCUAUACCUUGGACACUGCGAGCCCUGUGAUUGUAACGGGCACUCUGAGACUUGUCACCCAGAGACUGGUGUCUGUUCGAACUGUUUGCACAACACCGCCGACGAGUUCUGCGACAAAUGUGCACCUGGCUUCUAUGGUGAUGCCACAGCGGGUACCCCAGAGGACUGCCAGCCUUGUGCAUGCCCAUUAAGUGACCCAGAGAACCAGUUUUCGAAGACCUGUGAGACAGAUGGUGCUGGUGGCUACAGAUGCACAGCCUGCCCCAUAGGGUACACAGGGCAGUACUGCGAGAGGUGUGCUCCAGGAUAUACUGGUAACCCCAGCGUCCGUGGCCAGAAAUGUGUCCCAGAGGACAGACAAUCACACUUCUUUGUCAGGAUUUACCCUGAGAAGAAAACAGUUACUCCAGGUAGUGAAAUAAGUCUCAGGUGCCAAGGAAGUGGUGACCCUCCUUACUACUACUUCUGGUCACGAGAAGAUGGGCGACCGCUUCCUGGAAACACCCAGCUAAGGGAAAGAGGUGAGAUCCUGCACUUCCCUAGCCUGCAGCCAUCAGAUUCUGGAGUCUACAUCUGCACUUGCCGCAAUUACCAGCACAUGAACACCAGUAGAGCAGAGAUCAUCAUCCAUGCCUCUCCCAUUAGGCCCAUUACAGUGACUGUGGAAGAGCAGAGGGUACAGAGGGUCCGGCAAGGCGUAGACGUCACCUUCAUAUGCACAGCAAAGAGCACGUCCCCAGCUUACACCUUGGUGUGGACCCGUCAGAACAGCGGGAAUCUGCCCGAGAGAGCGAUGGACUUCAAUGGCAUCCUGACCAUCCGUAACGUGCAGCCCGAAGACGCUGGCAUUUACAUCUGCACUGGAUCCAAUAUGUUUGACAUGGAUGAGGGCAAUGCAACGCUUUAUGUUCAAGAGGCCUCCCACACCCAGAUGUUCUAUGGACCCUUUGAAACCAUUGAAGGACACAGACCAUCUGGAGCAGGGACGCCCCCUGUGGCUGUGAUUGAGCCCAGGCAGCUGAGUGUCCAGCAGGGUCAGCCGGCAGAAUUCCGCUGCACAGCGACUGGAAACCCAACGCCGAUCGUGGAGUGGACGGGUGGCCAGAAUGGAGGCAUCUCAUCCAGAGCCAGUGUCCAUGGAGGUGUCCUGCGCUUCUCAUCCACCCAGAUCUCAGACGCUGGGCAAUACACUUGCCGCGUGCACAACAGUUUUGGCCAACACAUCGCCAGGGCUGAUCUACGGGUUUACACAGGUGGAAAUUUGCCAGACGUCCAGGUGAGCCCAGAGCGGACAGAGGUCAGAGAAGGGGACACCGCCCGGCUGUACUGUAGAGCACUAGGCAGCCCCACUCCAACAAUCUCCUGGAGGAAGCAAGAUGGUAUCCUACCCCCUCAGGCUCAUACAGAGAGGACAGACAUCGCCACCCUCCUGAUUCCAUCAAUAACUGUAGCAGACGCCGGAACGUAUUUGUGCGUUGGCACCAACUCUGCAGGCUCCUCUCAGCGUCAGAUAGAAGUGAUUGUGGUAAAAGCUUCUUCUGCUGCUCCACUUGUGAGGAUUGAGCCGUCAUCUGAUAACGUGCUGGAGGGACAAACCGUGGAACUGAACUGUGUAGUCGCUUCCUAUCCGCAGGCUACAGUCACAUGGCAUAGGCCUGGCCACCCCCUGUCACCCAAUCACCAGGUCUAUGGCUCCCGUCUGCGCAUACUACAAGCCUCAUCAGCCGACUCUGGGGAAUAUAUCUGCCGGGUCACUAACGGAGGUGGAACACAACAAGCCUCAAUCAUUAUCACAAUCAACCGUGUUCCCAUCCCUUCGGAAAACAUUCCCGUGCUUAGGAUUGAGUCUUCCUCAGGCUCAUUGGUUGAGGGGCAGACUUUGGAGCUGGACUGCCAAGUGACUGGUUAUCCUGGGGUAGAGGUCACUUGGUACAGGCCGGGAAUUCCUCUCUCGCCAAACCAUCAGGUGUCUGGAUCACGUCUGAGGAUCCUCCAAGCCUCCGCUGCUGACUCUGGAGAGUACAUCUGUCGUAUCACCCAUGGUGGAAUCACACAGCAGGCAUCAACCUUCAUCACUGUAACUCGCAUUUCUAGUGACCCAUCAGGCUCGUUCCCGGCUCUGAGGAUUGAACCCUCCUCAAACACUGUGGCUGAGGGUCAAACUCUCGAAUUGAACUGUGUGGUCUCUGAGUCACAAAAUGCUGUGGUCACCUGGACCAGAAAGGGUCAGCCCCUCUCCCCCAAUCACCAGGUGCUGGGCUCUCGUCUGCGCAUCCUCCAGGCAUCUGUGGCGGACUCCGGCGAGUACAUCUGCCGCGUCACCUCCGGAACAGUCACUCGUCAGGCAACCAUCACGGUCACUAUUAGUCGUGUCAUUGGCCCAGUUCACACCGGCAUCACACCGACCAUCCUCGUCGAGUCUCCAUCCAGUGCUGUGUCAGAGGGACAGACUGUUGUCCUGAACUGUGUCGUGGAAGGACAGACACAUCAGGAGGUGUCAUGGUACAGACAGGGGCAGCCACUGUCCGAAAAUCACCAGGUUUCAGGCUCUCGGCUGCGCAUCCUUAAAGCCUCCCCUCAGGACUCUGGUGAAUACAUCUGUCAAGUGAGCGGCAGCUCUGGGAUUCAGAUGGCCUCUAUCAGCGUCUCUAUCGAAGGCUCCAGGCACAAUACCGGGGUCUCAGGUGCCAUUAGGAUUGAACCCUCAUCAAAGACUGUAGAAGAAGGACAGAUUCUGGAACUGAGCUGCUUGAUAGAAGGACUCUCUGACCAGUCAGUGACCUGGCAUCGGUCUCAUGGACGUCCGCUAAGUUCUAAUCACCAGGUUGCAGGACCACGAAUGCGAAUUUUUAAAGCCACUGCGGCUGAUUCUGGCGAGUACAUCUGCCGUGUGAAUACGGGCUCGGGUAUCCAGGAAGCCAUCAUUACUGUUAUCGUACAGCGCUCAUCACAAGUGCCUGCAGGCUUCCCCACACCGAUCCUCAUUGAGAAGACUCCGGGUCCAGUAGUCGAGGGUCAGAAUGUGGAUCUGAACUGUGUGGUCGUUGGAAAUCCAGAUGCCGCAGUUACCUGGUUGCGUCCGGGGGCAAAUUUCUAUGCACAUCACCAGAUUUCAGGCUCUCGUCUCCGCAUUUCCCAGGCAACUAGUGCCGACUCUGGGGAGUACGUCUGCCAUUACAGUACUCCAUCUGGAAUAUUAAAAGCCUCCAUAUUCAUCAACAUCAGCUCCGGAGUCCAGAAAACCUACCGUUCGGAAAGCCCAGUCAUCUCCAUCAGUCCAUCAAGUGCCACCAUUCGCCAGGGGGAAAAUGCCACUUUUAAAUGCUAUGUUCACAGAGGAGCUCAGCCAAUACGUGUAAUGUGGAAAAUUGGGCAAAAUCAGCCCCUACAAGAUAACGUCCACGUCAGCUCCAAUGGCUCCAUUAUUACCAUAGUGGGGGCUCAUCACAAGAACCAAGGUUCAUACCGCUGCAUGGCUUCCAAUGCCUUUGGGGCAGUGGACAGCGCUGUAAACCUGGUGGUGGAAGGACGUCCCACAGUGUCUGUGAUUCCUCAAGGACCAGUUAAGGUCAGUGUGGGAGAAACCAUUUACCUGGAGUGUUCGGGAAUGGGAGACCCUCGGCCUGUAGUCAGCUGGCGACGCACUGGAUCAAGACAGGCUAUCUGGCAGCAUAACCAUGCUCCCCUGGACAGUCACGCAGUGCUACAGAUUCCAUCAGCCAAGCCAGAUGAUUCUGGGUCAUACACCUGUGUUGGCCACAACCCGGCAGGUUCUACCCAAGUCCAUGUGGACGUGCUUGUUGAAGACAGAGUCUUGAGGCCGAGUACUCCCACAGUCAUAGCAGAGAAGUCCGUGCAAGUGGUUCUGGCUGGAGAGACGGCCACGUUGAGAUGUUCUGCUACAGGAAACCCAACUCCAACCAUCAAGUGGUCCAAGCUUCGAGCUCCAUUACCAUGGCAGCACCAGAUAGUGAACAGUAGUCUGGUCAUCCCGAGAGUAGCCCAGCAGGACUCAGGACAGUACAUCUGCAACGCUUCCAACGUCGAUGGUCACUCUGAGGUGUACAUUACCCUGGAUGUGGAAAAUCCGCCAUACGCCACCACCCUCCCUGACGAACUGUCUGUUAGUGUGGGAGAGCCCAUUCAGUUGCAGUGCUUGGCCCACGGUACUCCGCCGCUCAAAUUCCAGUGGACUAAAGUUAAUGGCUCCCUCCCAAGCUCAGCUGCUGUGCGUGACGGCGUCUUAGAAAUCAAUCAGGCAUCCGUUACAGUCGCCGGUACCUACCGUUGUGUGGUCAGUAACAAAGUUGGAGAAAGUGUGGCCUUAACCCAGAUCAGUGUUUUAGCUCCGUUUUCUGUUCGGGUCUCACCUCAAAUAGACACAAAGGCAGUAGGUGACACAGCCGAGUUCAUCUGCACUGUUCUCGGAGAUCCGAGGGCAAGAAUCCAGUGGAUUAAAGAGGGAGGAGAGCUUCCAUCCAAUCACAAAGUGGACGGGACAGUGCUCAGGAUUUCCAACCUGGAGCGUGGUAAUGAAGGUGUCUAUACGUGCAGAGCAGUCAGCAGAUUUGGUCAAGUCCAAGACAGUGUAAAGUUAGUUGUGCAAGUGUUGCCGAAAGUCAGGAUCAACAUCCGCACCUCGGUGCAGACCGUCCUGGCAGGGAACUCUGUGGAGUUUGAAUGUCUGGCCAUUGGAGAUCCUCGUGCCAAAGUCACUUGGAGCAAGGUGGGAAGUCGGUUACCGAAUGAUGUAAUUAUAAAUGGUGGCACACUGAGGCUUGAGCAGGUGAAGCAGUCAGAUGCCGGGCAGUACCGCUGUACAGUCACCAAUGAUGUGGGAGAGGUGCAGUCUCAUGUCAUUCUCCAUGUGCAGUCCGUGCCGCAGAUCGCUGCCCAACCAGACAUGAAGGAGAUCACCACUGGAUCGACAGCUGUAUUCCCAUGUCUGGCAUCUGGAUUUCCAGUGCCUGAUAUCACAUGGACAAAGCUCGAAGGAGACCUCCCCAGUGAUGCCCGAAUUGAGAACAACGUUCUGACAAUACAAUCUGUGAAGCCUGAAGAUGCUGGGACCUAUGUGUGCACUGCAGCCAAUCGCCAGGGCAGAGUCACUGCUUUCUCCAUGCUAAAGGUUCGAGAGAGAGUGGUGCCUUACUUCACCGGGCACUCCCACCUCGCCCUGCCAAGCAUGAAAGAUGCCCACAAGAAAUUUGAAAUAAAGAUUACCUUCCGACCAGACGAUGCUGAUGCUCUUAUUCUGUACUCUGGAAUGCUGAUCUACAGCGGCCAGAAGAAAACCAAAGGAGCUGAUUUCAUGUCCUUUGGCCUUGUAGGAGGACGACCAGAAUUCAGAUUCGACGCAGGUUCAGGGAUGGCCACAAUCCGUUAUCCAAUGCCCAUUAGUCUGUCUGAGUUCCAUACUGUGACACUGCAUAGGAAUCUGAACCAAGGGUCACUGGUCGUGGAUAACCAGACACCUGUAAAUGGCACCUCACAGGGUAAAUUCCAAGGUCUGGACCUCAAUGAAGAGCUGUAUCUCGGAGGUUAUCCAAACUUUGAUGCUGUGUCCAAGACUGAUCUGAGCAGAGGGUUUGUAGGCUGUGUCCGUCAACUGAUCAUCCAGGACGAGGAGGUCAUUUUCAAGGAUUUGGAUCUAAGAGCAAAUGGCAUCUCGAACUGCCCAACUUGUAGAGACCGACCUUGCAGGAACAGAGGAGUAUGUCGGGAUUCAGAAAGCAGCAGUUACGUCUGUGAUUGUCCUUCCGGUUUUGCUGGCAGUAACUGUGAACAUUCCCAAGCCCUUCACUGUCACCCAGGUGCCUGUGGAGAUGAAGCAACCUGCAUCAGUCGUGAGGAUGGGACAGGAUACACAUGUCGAUGCCACCUGGGCAAAUCUGGAGAAAAAUGCAUGGAUGGUGUCAUGGUGAACACUCCCUCGUUUAAUGGAGAAACCUCUUACAUCUCCUACCCAUCUCUUACUAACAUCCACAAUGAUCUGCGGGUGGACCUUGAAUUCAAACCCCUGUCUCCAGACGGACUAAUAUUCUUCAGUGGGGGAAAGGAAGCUCCAGUGGAAGACUUUGUAUCACUCACCAUGGCUGGAGGACAUCUUGAAUUCCGCUAUGAACUGGGAUCAGGGCUGGCAAUAUUACGAAGCACUGAUCCUGUCACCCUGGGACACUGGCACAAAGCAUCUGCAGAGCGAGUCCAUAAGGACGGGACACUGCAGGUUGACAGGGCUCCGCCUGUUAAGAGGUCCUCCCCCGGUAAAAGCCUCGGCCUAAACUUGAAGACCCUGAUGUUCCUUGGGGGUGUGGACAGUUCAAUGAAGCUCCCCUCUGCCGUCAACGUCACACAGCCAUAUCAAGGCUGCAUCGGAGAAGUUUCCAUCAAUAACAAGAAAGUGGAUAUUUCCUACAGUUUUGUAGAAAGCCACAGUAUCAGUCAGUGCUAUGAUCGAUCUCCCUGUGACCGCAUGCCCUGUAUGCACGGAGGCCGCUGCAUGCCAGCUGGAGAGUACGAGUACCAGUGUCUCUGCCGAGAUGGGUUUAAAGGUGACCGCUGUGAAAUACACGAGGAUCACUGUCUAAUCCACAAUCCCUGCCUCAAUGGCGGUACCUGCAAGGAGAACAGAUGUCACUGCCCAGAAGGCUUCUCAGGAUUGUAUUGUGAGCAAGGAGCAGCAUCAACAAAUCUGGACGACGUCGUGCACGAAGGGAGUGGGGGGAAUGAUGCUCCGGGAGUUUUUGGAUCCUCCUUCUCUGGUGACUCUUACAUUGUUCUUCCGAGACAGAUGUUUCCUAGGAGCCGACCAGACUCUCCAGAAACCAUUGAGCUGGAGCUGAGGACCACGUCUACCGAUGGUGUGAUUCUGUGGCAGGGAAUGGAGGAGAAGGAACAAGGCAGAGAGAGGGAUUUUAUCAGCCUGGGGUUACGGGACGGACACCUCCUCUUCAGUUACCAGCUGGGCAGCGGUGAGGCCAACAUCAUGACCGAGGAUCCCAUUAAUGACGGGGAAUGGCACAAGAUCACUGCUGUCCGGGAGGGGAAGUCCGGCUCAGUUUAUAUUGAUGGAGAAGAAGUAAUCUCUGGAAGUUCCCCUGGCAAAAAUAUAAUGGUGGACACAAAGGGCAAGGUCUAUCUGGGUGGAGUCCCCAAUGUGAAGCUGAUGACGGGAGGAAAAUUCUCCAUUGGUAUUAAUGGAUGCAUUAAAAACUUGGUACUUCUAAAUGCCCGACCAUCUCACCAGCUUCACCAGCCCAUUGACCUGAAGCACCACUCGGAGAUGACGCACAACACCAAAGAGUGCCCUUCCUAGGUGGGGGCAAGCUUCCCAACAGCCAAAACUGGGGCAAGCAAGAGACUAUUGAAAAAAACUAAGAAAAGACAGUGUCAAAAUGGAGUCUAAAUAUUCAAGGUGCUUCUGCUGCUACCAAAAACCAAGAGGUGGUGCUAACGAAAGUAUUUGGAUUGCGCAUUUCUGUAUUACCUACACGGAAUCUCUUCUUUUUAAUUAUUUUUUUAAUGUCUUCAGAUUUCCAUGUGUUUUACUGCUGGAUGAAGGAAAUUUGUAUGUAUUGAACCAGAUGUAUGUUUUUUAAAAAGAUUCCUUAACCAAAAAAAAAAAAACAACUAACAAAACCCGAUGUGUGACGUCACCUCUCUGACACCACGUCCUGCACAAACCCUGAUGAUCAAAUCUCAUCUGACUGUGGGGGCUCAGUGUUAUCGGACAUGUUCUGCGUAUAUUUCCAAGUCACAGGAGCUGUAAAUCACAGAGCGAGCGCUGCCUGGAGGCUUCCCAGUCAGAGUCCACAGGCGGCUUUUGCGUCCCAGUCGGACUAAUGUCCCUUCAGUCGAUCAAUGUAUUUAUUUAAGUAAGGAGUGGCCAUUUCGAGGGGCUGGGGAUCAUCUCCUGUGUCCUUGUAGGGUCUCCUCUGUGCUUGUUGCAUAUUAUUUAUGUCAUUAGUCUUUUAGGUGCAGGAUGCUCAGGUCCACGUUUUCCUGUUAAAUCCUCAUCAUUCCUCUCUGCUGUCUGCUUUUUCCUGGAGUUUUCUCUCUUCCCUAGAUGUAGAAUAUAUGCCAUGUCAUCAGUUACGAGCAGCACUCAACGUUCCCAGGACCACUGCCCCCAUCAUUUGCAGUCACACCCACCGAUCUGUGACCUGUAUGCACCUCCCCGUCUAUAACACCUUGCUCCUGGAGCGUUUUUUUGAGUAGUUAUGCCCUGCAGGACGUGGCAGGCACCAGUCCUGUACGAGCUGUGGAAGCUUUGUGUUAUGUACAGUGUUAAACGGGGGCCCUGCUUACUGAAUGGAUGAGUUUUAGGAUUCUGGUGUACAAGACCAAAGGAAAUAAAAACUACUGGAGUUUGUGUAAAUUAUAAUAUGCACUGAGAGACGCUCUGCAGCCGCUGGGGGCAGAUUGUUAUAAUACUACAGAUCAGUAUUAAAGGGGUUGCCUCACUUCAGCAAAUGUCAGAAAGUUAAUACAAGGCACUUACUAAUGUAUUGUGAUUGUCCAUAUUGGCUCCUUUGCUGGCUUGUUUCAAUUUUCCAUCACAUUAUACACUGCUCGUUUCCAGGGGUUACGACCACCCUGCAAUCCAGGAGUGGUGGUCGUGCUUGCACACUAUAGGAAAAAGCGCCGGCCUCUCUGGUGGCCGGAACCGUUGGAGAACACGUAGGCACACAUGCGCACCUUGUAUGUGCGCUGUAGAGCUGGCCUCAACCUCUGGAAACGAGCAGCGUAUAAUGAGAUGGAAAAAUGAAUCAAUCCAGCAAAGAAGGAAAUAUGAACAAUCACAAUACAUUAGGAAGUGCCUUGUAUUAACUUUCUCUACAGGAUAAUUGGCAUUUGCUGAAGUCAGAGAACCCCUUUAAGUCACAGCGUAUUCAGGAAUAACUUGGAUGUGUACACUCCUCCCGUCAGGGCACUAGCAGUCCCUUAAUCUGGAAGCAUGAUUAGCACCAAGUAUGUAAACUGCACAGUGCUCAUACAUCACGCCCCAUAGGGAGCACACCUUCUUGUACUUCCCCUUUAAGGGGAUUAGCUUAUUUCACAGGGGGCAGACGUCUUCUUCUUAGCACCACUAUUAAACGAAAGAACAAAAGCUUCAGUCCCCAGCAACAGAACAAGCUGUACCACAGACGAGCAAGCCACUGAGGAGAAGUCCAGAAAAACUCGAAAUUAAUGUUCGAGUACAACAAGGAAUCCUCCAUCGGUGCCGCAACGCUGGUGCUAUCAGGGGGGUCUACACAUCUGUAAAUAUAAGAACUACAGCUCAGGGGGCAGAACCUGUCAUGUCCUCCUGUCACCAUCAGUGCCUUGGGUUUCCCAACUAACUAAUAAACCAGAUUUUGGAACAUG